AUGUCGGCCGUUCAAAAAGCCAGUAGCUCGAUGGAUUGUCCCACCGUGCCCUCCGCCGCAGAGCCGCUCAACUACCAUGCAGCGGCACGUCAGGGCCGUCAGGCUGAAUAUGGUGAGAGGUGGGGUGAGGGUGCUGCCAGAUAUUUCAGUAUCGAAGCAGACUUCUUGGAUGAGGAUCAGAGCAUCCGACUAAUGCCUGUGCCUGAAAGCUUCUUUUGCCCCAUCUCUGCGACCAUUAUGUCGGAUCCGGUGGCGACGGUGGAUGGAUGCGCCUACGAAAGAGACUACAUUGAAAGGUGGUUUAGAGAAAGGCGGCAAUCCAACCAAGCCAUCACUUCGCCGACGACAGGCUUGCCUCUCCCGUCAACAACUCUGAUGCCCUUGCUUGCCCUGCAGCGUGCCAUUGAGGCUUAUCUAGCACAUCGGCCAGAGUUGAGGAGAGAUCACAUGGCUGGGCGUUCCUUUGAGGAGGCGGCCCAGGUCUUGCAGUCUGACCUCUUGGAGAAGCAAGCAAUGGCGACCAAUAUGGGCGAUGAGGUUCGAAGAUUACGAGAGGCCCACAAGGCUUUGCUGCGUCAGCUGCGCCAGUGUGAGGGCGACAAAGCUAAGCUGGUGCAGCAGCUACAGCAGGCCAGAUUUCAGCUGGGCAUUGCCGAGGACCUGAGCCGAGUUCCGUAA